UGGUCAGUUAAGAAUUUUCUUUCGAUCCCGCACCUUGUGUAUGUAUCGUGGUCCACGUUUAGUUGAAUAAAAUGGGGCAAUUUAGUACAGCAAUAUAUUUCCUGUUGGUAUUAGCUACUACUUCAGUGCAUUCUCAACAGAAGCAAUUUGUCCAGUUUUUUGCGUCUGAAGGAUGUGCUGGAGAUACUGCGGUUGAGCAUACAGCGUCAGGUUACCAAGUUGUUGGACCGGAUGCAAUAUAUGCGUCGUAUAAAGUUUAUGGGUUGUGGCGAGUACACCUAUGCCCAGGGGGUUGUUCCCCACCCUUUCCUUCCCCAAUCCUUCAUAACUCAAUUAAUGGGGUUUGCAUAGAUCAGGAAUUCCCUAGCGAGAGUAUUAUUCAAUUGACCAGGUUUGGAGAUGAGGAUCAAACGGGAAAAUCUAUUUCAUUCUUCACUUCCUCGGAACUAACUGGCGACGAAAGCGCUUAUACCGGGGAUCUUUCAGGGAUUAACAGAAACUAUAAUUCAUACUUUUUCACUGGAACAACUAAAUGGAUGCUCUUUGAAGGAGCCAAUUUCGAUGGAACAUCCAAAUGUGUUUCACCAACCGAGGAUGUAGCAACAAAUGGGUUUGGAGCAACAUAUGUAGCAGACGAAGGUGGAAUGUUGGGCAGUAUUCGAGAGGGUUGUGAGGAGCAGUCAACUGCCACAACGACACUGGCAACAACAACGCCACCUACCACAACAAUUCCAGCAGCUACAACCAUAGGUACAACCACGACAGGCGAACCAAUUCCACCGCAAUAUGUCAGGCUUUUUGCUGACGAGAACUGCAAGGGAACCUUUGUCGAACUUACUAGUUCAGGAGCACCAUCGUUUCCGACGGCCUAUACGUCCUUCGAAGCAUUUGGACUAUGGCGCCUCCAUCCUUGUGUCGGUGUUGAUUGCACCAAUACACCAAUUCAAGCACCCACUCUUGGUCACAGCCCUACUUGUGUGAAUCGAUUAUUUCCUGCAAACAAUAUGAUUGCCAUGAGUCGAUUUGGCGAUCCAGAGCAACUUAGAAAAUCCAUUGCGUUCUACUUAACGUCUGAGUUGGGCGGGACACCAGUCAUAUACACUCAAGACACAGAAGUCGCAGAUGUCGAGUAUGGAUCUUACUAUUUUAAUGGAGACCAUAGCUGGACCAUUUUCGAAGAGAUUGAUUACCAGGGCCACUCAGUCUGUGUUACACCAAACUCAGAGGUCAGCACUCGCGGUUAUGGAGUGACGUACGAAGCUAAUGCCGUUGGUAGAAUAGGCAGUAUUCGAGAAGGAUGUGAAUCGACCACGGGAUCCACGCCGACUACGGUGCUCACAACAACCGCGAUACAAACGACAGCGACUCCUAUAGUAAAUCAGAAUGUAAUUCUAUAUACUAAUGAGGGAUGUCAAGGAGAUUCAGUACCUUUGACGGGGUCUGGUGGACCAUCAUUUCCAAUGAGCUAUUCCUCGUUUGCCACAUUUGGGCUCUGGCGACUGUAUUCCUGCCCCGGUGCAGAUUGUUCCGCAGUUACAGCCCCGGCACCGACGUAUGCAUAUGACACUGUCUGCGUUGAUCGCUCCUUCCCCGCCGGAACCAUGAUUGCCGUUUUAAGAUAUGGGGACGCACAACAAACAUCUAAAGCCAUAACAUUCUACUCCAGCCCAGAAUUAAGUGGCACUAGUAUCACCAUACGAGAAGAUAACGCAAAUGUGAAUAAUUUUGAUUACGGAUCCUAUUUCCAUACUGGCCGUCAUAGUUGGACUGUUUUCGAGGGUCCAAACUAUACUGGAGCGUCUAGAUGUCUAGUUCCAGAGCAAAUGGUUGAUAACAGAGGAUAUGGAGUAAAUUAUGUUGAGAAUGAGGUAGGAAUUGUUGGCAGUAUUCGAGAAGGUUGCAGUCUCGCGACUGGAUCGACGCCCGCAGUAACUACAACAAUCCCAACAACAACCCCCACACCAGCUACAACGGCAACCAGACCAACUACCACAACCCCCAAACCAACUACCACAACCCCCAUACCAAUACCUUCAACUACGUCACCGACGACAACAAUAGUCACUACAUCGACACCACCAGCAUCCUCUUCAACUACGACAACAACCGAAACAACAACCACUACAACUGAGCCUACAACAAUUUCGUCUAACACGACAACUACUAAUGCGACCAUCCCUAUUUCAACUUCAACGGUGCGGACAACCCCAAGAACUUCCCUUACAACAACUCAUCUAUCCACGACAGUUGAAGCGUCGACACCUGACGGUGCAGCAUUUUACGUUGCCAAUGUCUGGUUGGUUUUAUUAUGUUUGACAUUGUAUCUGUAAAAUUUUAUAAAAUUAUGUAGUUCAUUGAGUUGACCUGCAGAUUAAACUAUUAAUGGUGAA